GCGGAUGGGUACGGUCCCUUGUACGAGGCUUCUGAGCUUUGUAUAUUGAGCCUGGCUCGAUCCGAGCCCUGACGUGUGGGCUCAGUACAUUGAGGGUGCGUGGGGCUCAUCCGGGGGACAGGGACUCGGGGGCUGAAUGGAAAGCACACGUUUGCCUGCGUGGAAGGCCCGGGACGGUAAAGGCAGUGGCAAGCGGCCGGCACCCAUCAGCGAGGCAGGGCCUCCGACCUCGGGCUGCCGCUGGGACUGAGCGCCUAGUGCAGGCACUGGGGAAUGGGAAGUCACGGAGACCUUGCCCUGGAGAGCCAGUGCUCCGAGUUAUGGUAGGCAGCUGACCCUGCAGUGUCACUCAAGUAGAAACACCGUAAGAUGAGGGCGUGGUCAGGCGUGUCUUCCUCACUUUGCCAUUUUAAUACACGCCCUUCCCCGAGGAGGGAAUCAACCAAGGCCCAGCCCAAGCGGGACUCAAACACAACUCGGCUAUGUAGUUGUGAGACCUUCUCCUACCUCCAUCUCCCAAGUGCAGGGAAUACAGGCAUGCCCUGCCACGCAUGGCUAGUAAGGUCUAGAACUGUACCAUGGCUGAGACUGGGGAAGAGGAGACAGCGUCAGCAGAAGCCUCAGGGUUCUCAGACUUGAGUGACUCGGAGUUGGUGGAGUUUCUGGACCUGGAAGAUGCCAAGGAACCAACAGUCCCACCUAGCAAGGCUGGUCCUUCUUCUGAACUCCCUGAAAAGGAUGACAAACCUGUAAGUUUGCAGCCCAGGAAAAAUGGACUGGAUGUCUCGUCACCUAUGGAGAGAUUCCAGCUGAAAUACUUAUAUGUCACUGACCUGUGUGCUCAGAACUGGUGUGAAUUGCAGGUGGUAUACGGAAAAGAACUUCCUGCUUUCUCGACACCUGAGAAGGCAGCUGUUUUGGACACUGGUGCUAGCAUCCACCUAGCAAAAGAGCUAGAACUUCAUGAUCUUGUGACCGUCCCCAUCACUACUAAAGAAGACGCUUGGGCAGUCAAGUUUCUGAACAUACUCUCAAUGGUUCCUACCCUCCAGUCAGAAGGGCGCAUCAGAGAGUUUCCCGUGUUUGGGGAAGUGGAGGGAGUAUUUCUUGUUGGAGUGAUUGAUGAGUUGCACUACACAGCCAAGGGGGAACUGGAGCUCACCGAACUCAAGACACGAAGACGCCCAGUGCUCCCUCUGCCAGCUCAGAAAAAGAAAGACUAUUUUCAAGUUAGCCUAUACAAAUAUAUCUUUGAUGCCAUGGUACAAGGAAAAGUGAUUCCUGCAAGCCUAAUCCACCAUACAAAAUUGUGUCUAGACACGCCACUGGGGCCUUCAGUGCUGAGGCAUGCCCAGCAAGGAGGCUUCUCUGUGAAAUCUUUGAGUGACCUCAUGGAACUGGUUUUCUUGUCUCUUACACUGUCUGAUCUCCCAGCUAUUGAUACGCUAAAACUCGAGUACGUCCAUCAAGAGACUGCCGCUGUAUUGGGCACAGAGACUGUAGCCUUUGACGAGAAAGAAGUGAAAAGCCAGGUGCAGCAUUAUGUGGCCUACUGGAUGGGCCGUCGAGCUCCUCAAGGUGUUGAUGUGGAAGAGGCAUGGAAGUGUCGGACCUGUGACUAUGUUGACAUCUGUGAGUGGAGGAGGGGCCGUGGAGUGCUCAGCUCUUCACUGGAGCCCAAAGCCAAGAAGUUGAAAUGAAUGGAAGUUAUGUUUUCAGAAAUGUUGAUCAUUUCUGCUCUUAAUACUCCCGUGUGAAAGGGUUGGUCUCUCAGUUGGAUUUUGUGGAUAAGGUUUUUAUUUUUCCGUCCCCGACCUUUAAUAAUAUUCCAAUCCGGGGCCAAGAUCAGGAAUGAAUGGAGAGAUUGGGAUUAUAGUGACCUUGCACUCUGAGAUGAACUGCAGAGAAGACAGAUGUGUGUCAUGUCUGCAGCAAGGGUGACCCUCACUGAUCACUGUUUCCUCAAGAAAACUACUUGGGUUCUGACAUUUUUUAUUUUUUU